AUGGGAAGGCCUCGAAAACGAAGAAGAAGCGACGCUCUCCGAGCCCACCAAGCUGCCACCAUAGGCAAAGGAGAAACCAACAAUUACAUUAGCAUCUCCGCCGGCGACAGUACCAACGGACACAACACGACGAAUCAAUGGCUCGAGGGAAAUAACGUCUUUAUGGGUGACGAAAGCAGGCUGUUAGACCUGAACAUCUUGGGGUCGGGCGAUGGACAUAACCACCACGUCGGGGGUUGCAUCCCCCACACGACCAAUAGAAGCUCCUCGAAUAAUGGGCAUUUCGAUCCCAGUCUUGCUGGUUCCAGCGAUACUGUAACCACCGAUCUGGACACCCUCUUCGACCCUUCCGCUCAAAACAUCGAUUUCUCGUCUCUUCUUAGUGACCUCUCACCGUCACAAGACAGUCCCCUACCGAAUCCAUCGACACCGUCAUCAUGUUCUGCACCUCACGUAGCCCACCACCUCCACUGCACUAAUGCUUCCUCCCAACCAGUCCUAUCAAACCUGAUAGAUCAUACCAAAAUUCCACUCGAAGUCGGCACGGCAAUGAGCCCUCGAGACAUGACCGCCUUCGGUAUAAACCCUGAAACUAGCCUCGGCCUCACCUGCGACUGCCUUCUCCACUUCUUUUCCGCGAUAAUGACGCUUAAAAAGAUGAUAUACAACCCUGUACACCUCUCACCUCCCACACCGUUUAGCACGCCACCACCACCAAUCAGCCUCGAAGAGAUAACUGCCAUUAGCGCAAAUGCGAUCGAAAUCACCAAAACAAGCUUGAAAUGCGCCAGUUGCAACAUGUGCUUCACCACGUUGAUGAAUGUCGGUCAGUUGCUAGGUUUAUUAUUAAGAGCGUACUCCCAAUUCCUACAAACCUCCAAUAACGUUAUGCCCCGUUCCCAAGCGAAAAAAGUAGUAAACGACGAGAUGGACAAAAUAUUGGAUAUCCUCGGCCAGGUUGAAAUCCGCUCGUUAGCACGGCACGGAAUGGUAUUGAGCAGAGAUACGAGUAUCUCAAAGGAUAUGGUUGGAAGAGGGGUUAUCGAGCGCAUUGCAACGGGGAAUUGGGUGGGGGAUAGAAAUCCGUUAUGUUUAAAGAUCGUUAAUAUGGUCAGAGGACUGGCGGAUGGAUUGAUAUGCGGAGUUGGAGUCGGUGAUUCUAAUGAGGAUGAAGAUACGACGACAACGAUGAUGUUUGAAUCCGGGCGCUUGAGAUAG